UUGUGCGGUGAAAGUGAGGGUGGUGGUUGCUGUUCUCGCACAGUUGCUGUUGCUGCUGUUGCUGUUGUGGCUGCUGUUCUCGCGCCGAUUUGGAAGGCAGCGCCGAGUGGCGUGCGGAGGGAGACCAGCGUUGGCUCGUCUGUGAGGGUGACUCAGGUGACCUGGAGCUGGAACAUGGCUCUCGUUAAGCGGGCGCCGGCGUGGCCUCUGGCCUCUGACCUUGACCUUGACUUUGAACGCCCCGACGCCCGAGUGGGACAAUUCAGGACAGAUGGACGACGUUGACAAGAAGCCGGCCGCCGCUCACCCCCCGGCGACCGUGCUGAGGGACAAGGCUCACAACAACGGGAUUUUGAAGCGAAGCUCUCGCUGGCUCACCAGCGGCGACAGCCACGACAGCGGCGCCAGCGACAGUCAUGAUGCGUCUCACAACGGGCACCACCGCAACGUGGGAUCGUCUCCACAGGGAAGUCCCCGGGGGCCGAGGCGUAGCAGCUCGUAUUAUCAGGCAAACGCUGACCCCACCGAAGACUCCGGGCUACCGUACAGAGGAAACCCGAAGAAGAUCGGAGAGAUCCUGGGGCGCACCAGCGAGUACCUGGACCAGUCGGAGCAGGACGCCUACUUUGGGGACGGCCGCGGCUUCGACUACUCCACCAUCGAGUACAAAAGCCGGAUAGCCGACCCGGCCAAGCCGCCCAACAGAGGCUGCAACUUCCACUACAUCCGCUGGAAGGUGCGCCGCACGGUGGAGCAUCUGGCGUGUCGCCUGUUCGUGCUGGUGCUCAUCCUCGUCGACAUAUCGAUAGUGAUCGUCGACUUGACCAACGAGUUCACGAGCAAGCUGGACGCGAAGCUGGCGAUCGUGAGCUUUGCGUUCUCGUGCUUUUUUCUUCUGGAGGUUUCUCUCAGGAUCUUCGGUGUGGGUCCGAAGUACUUUUUCAACUUCACAAGACACCAUGCGUGGUGGAACAUCGUGGACUUCGCGGUGGUUGUCGUCACGUUCAUCACAUCCGUCUUGGAUCUGACCGUGGAGAACAUGGCCACCGACGGCUCCAAGUUGGUGGUGUCGCUUCGCAUCAUCCGCGUGAUUCGUCUGUUCCGGAUCUGCGCGCAGCAGGAUCACCUGAAGACCGCCGCCCGGCAGAUCAUCUCGGAAAACAAGCGGAGGUAUCAGCAGGACGGAUUUGACCUUGACCUUUGCUAUGUGACAGAGCGCGUAAUCGCUACGAGCUUUCCGUCCUCCGGAAAAAUGUCCGUCUACAGGAAUCCGAUUGCGGAGGUCAGCAGAUUCUUCAACACCCAGCACAAGGACAAGUACAUGAUCUACAAUUUGUGUUCGGAAAGAUCGUACGACGUCACCUACUUCCAAGGGCACGUUCAGCGCGUUGUCAUCGACGACCACAACGUCCCAACGCUUCAGCAGAUGUUGGACUUCACAAGUUCGGUGAUCAGCUGGCUGAACGCCGACGCCGAGCACGUGGUGGCCGUGCACUGCAAGGGCGGCAAGGGGCGCACAGGCACCAUGAUCUGCGUCUACAUGGUGGAGACGGGUCUGUUCUCCACGGCAGGCGAGAGCCUCGACUACUUCGGCAGCCGCAGGACCGACCUCAACGUGGGGGAGAAGUUCCAGGGCGUGGAGACGCCCAGCCAGAGUCGCUACGUGGGCUACUACGAGUGGAUGAAGAACAACCGCCAUCACCUGCCGCCGGAGACGCCGCGGCUGCUGACGCGCAUCGUUAUCAGCGGCAUGCACACGGUCGGGAGAGGCGACGGCAGCGACUUCAGCGUCGUCGUCUCCAGCAGGACGGGCAGGCUGUUCGAAGCGAACUGCGCCCUCGGCAAGGGAUGCAUUCACGCGUACGACAAGUCGUGUGACGCGGCCACCGUCACCCUGACAGACUGCCCAGUCCUCACCGGGGACGUGCAGGUCAAGUUCAAGUGCUCCUCGCGAAACGUACCCAGGGGCUACGAAAACGUGGCGUUCUACUUCUGGUUUCACACAGGCUUCGUGUCAGAUAGCAGGCUGAUCCUGAAGAGGGAAGACCUGGAUAACCCGCACAAGCCGAACACGUGGGACGUCUACACGACCGACUUCAGCGUCGACUGCACCUUCUCAUGAGCCAUCGCAGGACGUCUCGGGGAAGAACGACUGGACGUGUCGCAGAGCGUGUCGCAGAAACUGCCGCAGAGCCUGCCGCAGAGCCUGCCGUAAAAUGUGCCGCAGAUUCUGCCGCAGAGCCUGCCGUGAAACCUGCCGCAGAUUCUGCCACAGAACUCGCCGCAGAAUCUGUUGCUGAUCCUGUCACAUGACCUCGUGCCUGCGAGGCUCCGUAAGCUCCGCGACUUGUUCGACGGUACUUGUACAUCAUGUGUUCUGCCCAUUCUAGGCUCCACAUUUUAUGCCUAUCGCCUGGCUGGUCUUUUUGCACCAGUUCUACGGAUGGCGAUGGCUUUCUCCGCAUCACAUCAUUCAUAACAGAUUGCGAUGACUUUCUCCGAGUCACCAUCGUCGACAUGCGCAUGCGCUAUGCGAGCUUAGACCAAGGCGAAUGUCUUACUCAUAAGGAGGGCGCCUCGACGUGAGGUUUAGAUCACAUUAUCAUAUUUAGAUCCACGUGUUAUUGACGUUUCAUUCACGAUUGCGGCAUGUCUGUGUUGUGAUAAAGCUCAAACGCUGCAUUGAUAUAUUCCAAAUUCAUUUAUCGCUACGCAUGUCACGAGCAGUUGUGUUGUUAGCGUUUGGCAAUACGCUAGUCGUAUUGCUGUUGCCUUCCACUUUUGCGCCCGGUCGCUACGUCACUUUUGCGCCACGUCGCUAGGUCUGUGUGACAUUGCAUUGCAGACAGUAUAAUCCCAGUGUGUUUGGUUUGUGUUGAUCUGGGACCACGCGAAAAUACGAGCCUUUGUCGGCGACCCUCAGCGGAAGUGACCUCAAAAAACAAUUCUUACUGUGUAAAACUUUGUGACGUAUGCCGCUUGCGAACGAAGUUUUAUUUCUGUGAUAAAGGUGUUUAUCGGUGGAACUUACUUAUUCACAAAUCGGAGGAAGCGACGUGAGCCUCCAUAAUGCAUCAUUUUUCAGUGUCGUGAAUUAUUUCAGUGUUCAUGCGUAGAUCAUGUGUAAGUGUGUUGUUUCAUGCCGUUAAAGCGGACAUGACUCGUCUGACAUUUCCCGAUGUCUCCUGAGGACGAAGAUAACCAGGGCCGCUCGACCUGGUCAUAAAAUAUCACGUGAUUUGCCAGGACGUCGCCUCCGCUGGGGACGGCGAGGUAUGGAUUCCAGCAAUCCUUGGCCUAAUUGCGUUAAUGUGCUGUCCCCAAAAAAGAAGCAUCAAAGUGUGUUGGAUUUCUGUCAUAUCAGAGUUCGGUCCCGGUAACUGUGAAAGUAACGUGAUGGCUCAGUGUGUUCGUCAAGUAUGGUCACAUACAUGUGUAAUCGCGCGACAUCAGAACGACGUCACUGACGUCGUCGCUCAACUUCAAAGCGGCAGGUACAGAAGCCAAAGCUUGGUGUAGCUCACAUUCAUCAAAAAUCGCACUGAACGCUGCGUGGCGUCCGUCGUUUUUAUCCUCGCCGAGUUGCCUCGGGUUAGCUUUGGGCCUGGCAUGACAUGCCAGCCUGGUGUUUGUACGUGCACGCGUUUUUUUCCCUGUUGUGCCAAUGAUACGGCUGCACGAACCAGUGUGACUGUGCGAACGUCUGGCGCCAUAUCGUAAUGCGUCUCGUCGUUGGUGGUCUUGGUCACUUCUGUCUGAACGAGACGGCACAAGAUGAUGCUGAGAAGUCGGGAUCAUCUGCAUGUGAAAGCGUUUCUUUUUUAAUAACUGCUUCCGUGCUGUUUUCGUCUCCGGCCAAUAUGUAAAGGUGGGUGACGUCCUCUUCAUACUGUCCAGCGGUCAAGGUUUACGUGAAAUAAAAUGGUCAAAUGCGUGCAUCGUAUGUUCCAUGUGUGUAGUGGGCUGAAUCAUGAGGUCUGCUUGUUCUUCAUGUGUUAUUCUGGAGGUGUUAUGUUUGAAGGUGUUGCGAUGUUGUUAAUCAACCUCAUUUUCAAGUGA